AGAAAAUUCCGCGCAUAAUGCCUGCUUCGAAAAGCGUUUGGCGCAGACGCCAAUUUUCUGUGAUAGCCCUAUUUUUCCAAAUGAUUUUCCUCAUAUUAUUCUCAUUAUUUUGCCGAUAUAUAGACCCACUAGACGAUAGUAAGAGGAUCUACAGUGGAACCGAUUACCCUUUGUUCCAGGACGUGCAUCUCAUGAUGUUUGUCGGGUUUGGAUUUUUGAUGGCAUUCUUGAAGAGAUAUGGUUUCUCUGCUGUAUCUGUAAAUCUUCUCCUCUCAGCCUUUGUGAUCCAAUGGGCCAUGCUUUUGCGCGGAUUUUUCUCGAAACAAUUUCAAGAAACAGGAACAUUUACCCUUGGAGUCCCAGAAAUGAUUUGCGCCGAUGCUUCAUGUGCUGUUGUUUUGAUUACUAUGGGAGUGUUAUUGGGGCGAAUGACACCAGUGCAGUUUCUCUUGUUGGCGUUUUUCGAAACAAGCAUCUCAGUGUUUGUUGAUCACAUAGUAGUCAACAUCCUUCACGUUAAUGAUGGAGGCCGCUCACUUGUGGUUCAUGCAUUUGGCGCCUAUUUCGGGUUGGCUGCCGCAAUGGUUGGAAAGAAAAAGAAUGUCAUGGAAAUGGAUGAAGAGGGCUCUAUACAUCAUUCGGAUCUUUUUUCUAUGAUUGGAACCCUUCUUCUCUGGGUUUUCUUCCCUUCUUUCAACGCCGCCGUUCAGGAACCUGAGGAUGCUCGUCAUCGAGCCAUUAUGAACACAUAUCUUGCAAUGGCUAGUGGGACUGUCACAACAUUCAUACUGAGUUCAUUUGUGGAUAAUCUUGGACGCUUCAACAUGAUUCAUAUUCAGAGUUCCACUCUGUCCGGUGGCGUAGCUAUAGGCUCAGCAGCAAAUGCAGUGCUUUACCCAUCACAUGCUGUAGCUGUUGGUAUUUGUGCCAGUUUCGUGUCGGUUAUUGGACAUGCAUGGCUCAGUCCAAAACUCGAAAAAAGAUUCAAACUAUUCGACACUUGUGGUGUUCAUAAUCUUCAUGGAAUACCUGGAAUUCUUGCAGGGAUCUUUAGCAUAAUUUUCGCGCUCGGCUACGAGCCAGAAAGCUAUGGAAAAACGCUGUACCACAUAUAUCCGUACUUCGAAGGUGGCCCUAUGAUGGGUGAUAGAAAUCGCGAGACGCAAGCCUUGUAUCAACUGGCUGGCAUGGGCACUGCGCUAGCAAUGGCCAUCUUUGGUGGACUAAUCACAGGUUUUAUUCUUCAAAUUCGAAUUCUCAAUCAGAUUGAUGAUCCAGACACUGCUCACCAUGACAUAAACUACUACGCUCAAUCAGAGUUCAACUUUCUCAGCAAGUACCAACGGGCACGAGAACAGGAAAUGCUUGAACGGGAACGACUUCACGAGAUUUAUUGAGUUUAGUACUUCCAUAGAACAGAUUACAAGUGUACUGGUAUUUCUGAUAUAACAUUUAUCAGUAAA